AUGACCAAUAGUGACGCCAUCGCCUACAAUGUCGCCGUCUUCAUCAGCACCCUGUUCCUCCUAGAAUUCGGCGCCGAUAACUUCGUAGACCAUACUGCCAUCGUUGCGCGUCGGACGGGGAUUCUCGACACAGUGAUUGCCCUGCUUACAGCCGGUGCAGAGUGGGAAGAGCUCGUUGUCGUUGUUGCCUCACUUGCGCAGGGUCGGCCUUCGCUAGCAGUAGGAAAUAUCAUCGGGUCGGCCAUCUCGAAUAUCCUUGGCGCCUUUUCACUCGGGCUUUUGUUCCGGCCAGCGGGGUCGCACGUUGAGUUUGACAAGAGCUCUAGGAUUUACUCACUCUCCUUGCUUAUCAUCACCACCUUUGUCGCGCCAAUCAUUUACUUCUCGCAGAGGAUCGUCUGGCUCGUAGGUGGAUCUCUCUUGAUUGCUCUUUUUGCUAUCUACCUCAUCUCCAUAGGCUGGGCCAUCAGUCGGGGAAGCUUGACCGCGCCUGAAGGCUCAGAUGAUGAUAGUAGCAGCGAUGAGAACGACACCUCAUCAAUAGAAUCGACAGCGUCUGUUAGGAGCCCCCUUCUGCCGAGUCUAGAGGAUCAUGAGUCUGAGGAUAGCGAACGGGGCCAGCGAGUUGAUGGUAGUUCUGAGGUGGCCGGGGUUACAAAUGUUUCGACCCGUCGAAGGAGACGGAGUCUCGGAUACCACAUCGGGUUCCUGGUCCUUGGCUUCUUAGCCAUCUGUCUGUCGGGCUAUGUCCUCUCUCACGCCGCUAUCAACAUCACAGACGCUAUUGGCCUCUCCGACGUUCUGUUCGGCAUCGUUAUUCUUGCCAUCGCCACUACCCUGCCCGAGAAAUUUGUUGCUGUCCUAAGCGGGAACCGGGGCCAUGUCGGUAUUCUUGUCGCUAAUACCGUGGGGAGCAACGUCUUCCUUUUGUCGCUCUGCCUGGGCAUUGUCAUGGUUGAUACCUCCGGGGAUUUUGAUGGAGCUAAUAUCAAGAUCACAGAGCUAUGUGUCCUCUGGGGCUCUACGCUAGCGCUAACAAUAGCCGUUUGGUGUGGCGAAAGGUUUGAUCGCUGGAUCGGAGGAGCCAUGCUACUUGGUUAUGUUUUAUUUAUAGCCUUGGAGGUUACAGUCAUUCAUCAUAUGGCAGAUUACCUAUGGUCAUCCUAG